CGAGGCUCCGACGGUCCCAUACGCGCCCGGGGCCCUUCACGCAAGAUCUCCUCCCUGCUCCUCUUCCUCGCAUCCUCGUCCUCGUAUUCGUCGUCCUUCUCCUCGCGGGGCGGCUAAUGGAACGAGGCUGCCGGGCCGGGGCGACACGACAACUCCAUUAAAGGUACCUGGGCAUGGUGGGCGUGACGCAGCUGCUGCCGCAGGGGGACCAGGAGGUGCAGAACGUGAGCACCUCCUCUGCCGUCAGCAUCUGCCAGCAUCUGCCGGGCCUCGUGCAGCAGCAGGUGGCCGUCUGCCAGAGCCACCCCGACACCAUCCGCAGCGUGAGUGACGGCGCGCGCCUCGGCAUCAACGAGUGUCAGUUCCAGUUCCGCAACGAGCGCUGGAACUGUACCACCGGCGCGGACAUCGACUACCCCUUCGGCUUCACGCUCAGGAGGGGGAGCAAGGAGACCGCCUUCAUCUACGCCGUGACGUCCGCCGGGGUGGUGCACGCCGUGACGCAGGCCUGCUCCUCCGGCAACCUCACCGACUGCUCCUGCGACAUGAGCAAGCAGGGACUCUCCACGCCCGAGGGAUGGAAGUGGGGGGGCUGCAGCGACAACUUGAGGUUCGGCGUCCAGUUCGCGCGGCAGUUCGUCGACGCCCCGGAGAAGGAGAGACACAAGAAGCUGAAGAGGAGACGGAACCUGAUGAACCUCCACAACAACGAGGCUGGCCGUGAGGCCGUGGCGCGGCUCAUGAAGAUGCAGUGUCGUUGCCACGGAGUCUCCGGGUCGUGUGAGCUGAAGACGUGCUGGCGCUCCAUCCCGACCUUCGCGGUGGUGGGGGACUACCUCAAGGGAAAGUACUCCACCACGCUCAGGUACAAGCGCAAGAAGAUGAGGGGGCCGAGGUGGCGCGACUCGUCCCGUCGGCGGAGGAAGCGACGUGGCCGCCGCAAGCGUCGUUUCCUGGCCGAGAAGGACGAGUUGGUGCACAUCCACAAGUCGCCCAACUACUGCAUCCAGAACAUCAAGAAGGGGAUCCUCGGCACGCAGGGCCGCGCCUGCAACAAGACCUCCGUUGGCGCCGACUCCUGCGACCUUCUGUGUUGUGGCAGGGGAUACAACACACAGGUUGUGCGGUACGUGGAGCGAUGCCACUGCAAGUUUGUGUGGUGUUGCCACGUUCAGUGCAAGACUUGCAUCACCAAUGUUGAUGUGCACACCUGCAAGUAGCUGAGAGGCGCAGGUGACAUGAGCAGUGGGGAGCACAUGCCUCGUUCACCUGACAGAGGAAGAGUUGUGACCCGGGAUCGAUUCUUGGGCCGUCUGGGCGCUGCGGAAGCAAACACGAGGAGGUGGACCGUACAAGACUUAUAGUGAACGAGUAUCAUGUUGAGCAACAACCGACUCGGUGCCCAGACGCAAGAACGCUGAGCGAGAUGCUCCAGCUGAGCCAAUCACUGCAAAAAUGAUGCACAUAAAUUUACAGCUGUUUAGUCAGUCGUAGUGGUAAACUAACAGCAUGAUAGUUUAGUGCUUUAGUGGUGAUGAUCAGGUAGACUCUGUGGAAGCUAAGCCAAGGCAGCCGCUAGUGUUGAAAUCCGUCGCCCCAGUGUCUGGAAGUCCAGUGUAUUCAUUACUAUAAUGAAAUUGCCCUGUGUGUCGAGGCAGCUCCUCUCUGCCCUUGGCCCCCACACCGGGUCGCGGCAGCCCAGUGUCGCCUCGUAACCCCAAACCACCUUACUCUUGGACAUCUCACAGGAUCGCCGCUCUUUAAAACAGAAGCAGUGGUACUUAUCGCUGCUUGUUCCGCCCGCAAGGCAGCCAGUGGCGAGGAGUGCCGCCAACAGACACCUCGCGCCGCCAGGAAGGCCGCGCAGCCCUGGGGAGGAACAGAAGGAGCCGCUGCCUCAUACAGCCACGCAGGACUGCCGGUGACAAGGUAUUACCAGAGGCAGCUAGACGGCGCCCACCAGCAGGCUCUGGCUGCCUCCACAACCACCACCACCACAACCACCACCACUAUCACCACCAUCACCACCACCAGACACCCAGAACAAGCCACCCAGCAGCUGCUUCCUCCUGAAGGGGACAACUCUCUUUAGUCGUCCGAGUAAUGGAUCAAAAUAUUUUGUGUGAAAUAUAUUGCAAUAAACUUUAUGUCAGAUAUUUACAUACCAUUAGCUAUGAUUGGACUUACCAUUACCUCAUAUUUAUGGUGUCGUGUGUACAGUGGUCCCUCCCAGUGGUAGUUUCAUAAACUAUGCUGUGUUUGUAUAUAACGAAGAAUAUUUUGCUUUUUAAUGCCCUUCACAAUUAUCUCUGAGUUCAUGGCUGAGAUUAGGACAUUCUUGUUCCACCAUAACGGAAGACCCGUGCGGUAGGUGUGUGGUGGCUGCCCCCCCCCCCCCUGGCCCUGACCCCUGCUCCACCUGGGGAGGCUCAGGGGUGUGGCGGGGCUGCAACAGUCACAACACCUGGUCGGCACGUGCUUAGCCAGAGUCUAAACAAAAUAUAUAUAUACAUAACUAACUCUGAGUUGGUGUGUUAGGCUGCGGCGGGCGGCAGCGGCGUGGGGAGGGAGAAGCAGCGGGGGGGGGGAGGGGAGGCAAGGCUGGUUGGGAAGUCAUGUCCUGCCCUCGUGUCUCUGGAUCCCCAACAUUGCAUCCUUUACUCCAUUUGGUUCACUUGUACAAUGACAUUAUAAUAUAUGCUAUUUUUAUCAUUUCUCCUGUAAAAUAUGUGCACAAUGUAUGAGAGAGAGAGAGAGAGAGAGAGAGAGAGAGAGAGAGAGAGAGAGUUCCACCAAUCAGUCUGCCUCUUCCCCUCCGUGCGCAAUGUCCCGAGCCGCCGCCGCUGUGCCCGCCAGUCCUGUGAGGGAGUCAACACCAGCUCCAUGUGACCCCUGACCCUGUGUCCCUCUUCCAAUUGUUCACCCACUCGCUCCUCUGCAGCCAAUUGGAUCAGAAGGUUUGGGCCUCAACGUCUAAGCUUCUCCAUUUACAAAGUGCUACCGUUCUCAGGGUCCCCACAUGUUCCCGUCUUGAUAUUGGUACCGUUUUGAAGGUUUAGUGACACUCGACGAUACAUGAAGCUUCAGUCCCAGCCACAUGUUUCCUUCGUUAUAUUGGUACUGAGGCCCUUAUUAUCAAACGUAUCGGUCUCCCAUUACGACUAUUCCUCAAGGCCAUAGAAAAUUAAUCGGAUUUUCAAGGGUGAUUUUCCCUUUCAAGAUGAAUGAGCCGUGUAAAACUAUCACUGAGAUCACAAAACAGUCCAUGAAAAGCCCACCAGCUUCUACGAGAGGCUUUCGAUCCAAGCAGGCGAACUGAGGCGUCGAUACGUUUAGAAACACGGGCUUGAGUGUUUGAUGUUUGGGUGGCAUGGAUUGUAUUAAAUGAGGCCUCGAUUAAAUUAGUCGAAAGGUUGUUUGAUGGCACUGAGUUUUAAUGUUUGUGAUUCGAACUCUAAAUGAAGCUUCAGUUCCAUACAACUUUUUUUUUCCAACAUUAAUAUUCGUACUGAAUUUUCAACGUUUUGGUGAAAUGAACUGCAAAUGAAGCUUCCGUUCUAAAAGAUAAAAGUGACUUGUUUUCUAUGUUCCCACCACUAAGACUAGCACUUGCUUUCGAGGCUUUGGUAAAAUGAAGCUUCAUUUCCAUUUGUUGCAAGGUUGUCUGCUUUUCAUUUCGUCACAGUGAGUGUCGCUGAGCUAACAAAAGAUCACGUUAUAAUUGUAUUUCUUCCCUUGUGUUUGUAAUAUAACACGUACAAACCAUAUUAGAUGCCAAAACUAUACCAGUUAUGUUAUAUAUUUGCCUUACUGGCUUCGACUUCGUGUUCAUACUGUUUAAGCUGUGGUGAACAUCCUUCUGUCCUUUACGAAGAUUUCACUGAGUCACUUCACGUCUUGGUCACUUCCCUCACUCAUGCGUCGAGGAUGCUGAUGUUCACUCCAGGACUCCCCUGUAAAUACCUGUAUCAUACAAGGCACUAAAGCAGAGAUGUAGAAACUCAUACAUGUAUUGACUAGUGUAGGUCACGCUGUCUUAGGGUCUGAACACUAGUUAAAAGCUUUCCAUGUGUCUGUGAAGGGAGAGAGAGAGAGAGAGAGAGAGAGGAGUAGAUGUGAGUGAAGACAAAAUGAGAGUAUUGUAGAGUUGUCGGUUGUAACAAGGAUGAAAUCAAUUACACUUAAGAGAAUACUUUAAUCUUCGAGUAGGUGUAAGCCUUGUACUGUCGAACUCUGGUUAGCAUUAGCAUUAAAACAUAGCUCGUUACUGCUGAUUGUAGUUCUCUUAAGCUCUACCUAAUGUCGGUGGACUUCAGAUGCAUAUGUACAGUGGUAACACAAUAAAUAUCCAACAUGACUCCAUUGCAGCGAAGUGGCUAAUACGUCUGUGGGUUGUUCACAAGAGUGGCUUGAAGGUGUUCAGUGUGUUGCGUCUCGGUACAGUCCCUCCACCGGCUGCCUCGGGAACGGCUCCUAACGAAGGGGUGUAGGACAUGAUCCCCAUUCUGUACGCACCAUUCCAGUUGCUUCGCAUAUCAGGAGGAAAAAAUAACUGUGGAAAAGAUUUGAGCAAAGAUAUAACAAUAAACAUAUAAUAACAUACAACAAAUAUAUUGAGAGUUUUAUACUUCAGGUCUGUCUAGCUUUGUUCAUGAUAUGGUUGUAAGUUGAAUAUUGCGAACAGCCUGGCGUGCAUACCCCUGCCGCGGAGCCCGUUGGCCGAGGCUGUAAAAGUGUCACCCGAGAACGACAAUAAACAAACAUGUCCCGAGAUAAAGAAGAGCCUCCUGACACGUUAAGAAGGCCAUUAACUCUUGUUCCAUAAUUCCAAAGCUUCAGUUAGUUUGGUGUUGACAAUAACCAUGCGUAAAAAGCUCGGUAAAGGUUCAGGAAAACUGCACCUCAGACCUCACAAAUGGUUCGUGAGACUGGCUGACUAUCUAGUUUGGGUUACAUUAAAUUUUGGUCGGAGUUGGUUACUUAGUUUCAGACGGCAUGAGCUCAGUGUGGCAUGGGUAACGAUGUGGCACAGAUACCUAUUAUAAUACAAGAAGUAAAUACUAGCAAAGGAGAACUAAAUGCUGCGCGGAACCUUUGUGAGAUCGGAGGUGUAGCUAUACUGAACCUGUACCCAAAGCUCUCCACCAGCGCGCACGAUCACGUCUGGAAGUACUAUAGUUAUUCUCGCGCACACCUGACGUCCCCGUGCUGCAGGUGUGUGUGUGACGCUGGUGGUGUGUGGCGUCGACUCAUCUCUUACCGAGCUCUUCCACAAACACCCAGACAGACUCUGAUUCACACUCGGAACACGAUGUCAAAACACGUUGGCGAGGAAAUGUACUCCAGUUGUCCUGCGUCGAUAUUGUCAGACGCUUCCGCCUCUCACAUCCACUAUUUCCAAAGGCCAAAAAGAAGAUCAGUCGGGUUCUAAUGAGUGUUUCUUUUAGGUUCAUGGUACAGAAGAAGGGUCAAACUAUCACCAGGGUCAUAAAACUACCCCUGGAAAUGCCCUAAACUCCUAUGAAAGUCUUGGCAAAUAUGUGUGCUUGGGCGCCGAUAUGUUUAAAAAUAUGGCCCUUGUAACCUUCCCUGUGCUGAGCCGCUGAUGCUGUGUUAUGGCGCCCAAGCUCUCCAGUGUACGGCUCAUGCUCUCUGGACCUGCACCGUGAAUCAGAGUCAUAUGCUAAACGGGCUGAAUUCUUGAGUAGAUGCUAUGUUUUGUGUAUUUUUCUUUUCCUACACUUUACGUCGCUCCUUCCUUACCAACCUCCCCUCCUCUUUCACUCUUGCAGUCCCAUAUAUUGUCUCCUCUUUCAACUAUUUUUUUCACAUACUUCUUUGUUGAUUUGGUAUGUUUUUUUUCUCUUUUUCUACACCUUCCGUCACUCGUUUCUUCCUUCCUUACCAACCUUCCCUCCCUUUUUCACUCUUCCACUAACCUGCCUCUAUUUGCCCACAUUAUCUCCUCUUACAACUAUUUUUUGCAUGCUUCAUUGUUAUAUUUGUUUCCUUCACUCAUCUCGUUCCUCCUUCUUCGCUUGCUAACAUUCAUUCCCUCCUCAUUUCUCUGCUUCUCUUCCUUUUCAUUUGGUUCUUUGUUUUUACGUAUCACUCCCACUAUGUCAAGGGAUAUAAUUAUUAUGAAAAGGGUUGUUUCAUUACUUCACAUGAGUCACUGGUUUGCCUUUUAAUGCAGUCGAUCUGUAGGUUCCCAGGCAACUUGAGUUCUUUGAGAUAUUUUGCUCUUCAUCGGUUACGUUGAAACAGUCUAGGCUACAUUUUUUUUUUUUUUGUACGAGAGAAACUUUAAUGUUGGAAAGUUUCUCUCUCUCUCUCUCUCUCUCUCUCUCUCUCUCUCUCUCUCUCUCUCUCUCUCUCUCUCUCUCUCUCUCUCUCUCUCUCUCUCUCUCUCUCCUGGCGUCUGUGUCGUCCGUCUCUUCCUUUGGAGUGACUACCAGUAAACUUCUUCAUUUCCCAAGAUUUUAUCAAUAUUUUUUAUAGACUUGUUAGGAAGGACGCCCGCCCUGACCUAGAUCAACGGAGAUUUGUAUUGUGGCAAUAAACUAGCCCGAAUAG